UCAUUCGGUGAAAACAUUUGACGUUGCUUUUUUCCACAAUUUCUUUUGCCGCUAUGACAUUACAAAUCUAAAAGAAUUUUAGAUUUUCUCAGAACAAGACUGAGGGAACACGAAUCAGCAGGAUUAGACACUUGAAACCGAUGACCGAGGCAGCAAGAGCACGACCCGCCAACUCUAGAGGGGCCGCGGGAGACACGCAAAUGUACCCGCUUUCCGGCGGAUCAAAGGAGCCACCGAAGCUGGACGACCUGGUGCAAUAUGUGAGCUUGUACGUAAGGAUCCCAACGCCGUUGACCGGCGUGGUGCUGCCCUUUGUGCCGCUCUACCUGUCCGCCUUCUACUUAUGGGUCCACGUGACUGGUGGCGAGGAAACACCUACAGCCGGUGUGAUUCCCCUCAAAAAUGAGACAACCACUGAUCAUUCCACAACUUGGAAUGACUUUGGCUUCAUUGCUGUGCUGGCUAUUGCCUUUCUGCACAUCCUCACGCUACUUUGUUGCUACUGGAGUGUGCAUGUGCUGGCUUUCCUCACCUGCCGUCGGGUGAAGCUGCCCGGCGCCAAUGUUCUGGCCAAAGUGGUACCCACUGCCAACAACGGAAACUCAAAGAUCGUACCCGUGCGCUCCUCCCAGCUGGAGGACGGAUCCACCCAGUAUUUCUUGGUCUUCCAGAAGACUAAGUACGUUUGGAACGAGGAUCGCAAAACGUUUCAGGCCGUUGAAUUCCCGGUAAAUGGGCUGCUGAGCAGCUACUCCUCAUCGCGCGGAUUAGAGUCGGAAGAAGCUAUUAAGCGUGCCACUUUCACGUAUGGCAAUAACGAAAUGGAAAUGGUGGUGCCCGAGUUCCACGAACUCUUCGUUGAACGCGCUACGGCGCCAUUCUUCGUGUUCCAGGUCUUCUCCGUGGGACUUUGGUGUAUGGACGACUACUGGUACUACUCCCUGUUUACGCUCUUCGUGCUGGUCGCCUUUGAGUGCACCAUUGUCAAGCAGCAGCUCCGAAACAUGUCCGAGAUCCGGAAGAUGGGCAAUAAGCCUUAUCUAAUCUACGCCUUCAGACAAAACAAGUGGCGACACAUUGGCUCCGAUGAGCUGUUGCCCGGUGAUUUGGUCUCGAUAACGCGCUCACAGAACGACAACAUUGUACCUUGCGAUUUGGUCAUCCUUCGGGGCUCCUGCAUCGUAGAUGAAUCCAUGUUAACGGGCGAAUCGGUGCCACUAAUGAAAGAGUCGUUGGAAUCGCUGGACAAUUUGGAUGUUGAGCUGGACGCCGAGGGAGAUGGCAAGCUAUUCGUUUUAUUUGGUGGCACUAAAGUGGUUCAGCACACUGCUCCUACGAAAGAAUCGCUUCGUGCUCCAGAUGGCGGCUGCAUUGGCUAUGUGAUUCGUACAGGUUUCAACACAUCGCAAGGCAAGCUUCUGCGAACGAUCCUAUUCGGUGCCAAUCGCGCCACUGAGAACAACGUGGAGACAUUCGCCUUCAUUGCUUUCCUAAUGGUCUUUGCCGUUGCCGCCGCAUCUUAUGUGUGGGUCAAGGGCAGCGAAGAUCCCGAGCGCAAUCGCUACAAGCUUUUCCUGGAGUGCACUCUCAUCCUGACGUCCAUCAUUCCCCCGGACCUGCCCAUUGAACUGACCUUGGCCGUUAACACGUCCCUCAUCCAGUUAACCAGAUUGUUUGUAUUCUGCACAGAACCCUUCCGAAUUCCCUUCGCCGGAAAAGUGCAGAUUUGCUGCUUCGACAAGACGGGAACUCUGACUACGGAUAAUCUUAUGGUAGAAGGAAUUGCCGGAUUGGCUCCCAACGGAGCUUGUGUACCAAUCGAAGAGGCAGAGGCGAAUACGGUUCAAGUACUCGCAUGCUGUCACUCAUUGGCUCUUCUGGAUGACGGACUAGUGGGAGAUCCACUGGAGAAGGCCACGCUAGCAGCAGUAGAUUGGACGCUUACCAAGAUGGAUAGCGUCAUUCCGAAAAAGCCACAGUUCAAGCCCCUGAAGAUCAUUCAACGCUACCACUUUUCAUCAGCACUGAAGCGAAUGUCGGUAUUGGCUGGCUACCUAAUGCCCUACUCCAACGAGGUGAAGCACAUAGGAGCGGUGAAGGGAGCACCAGAGGUUAUUCAGAAAAUGCUAAGUGAGGUGCCCACAGACUACGAAAAGGUUUAUUUGGAGUACGCUCGCCGUGGAGCACGAGUUCUGGCUUUAGGUAUUAAGGAGUUCGGCACUUUGGGAUCUCAAAAAAUUCGGGAAUUGAAGCGUGAAGAGGUGGAGUGCGAUCUGACCUUUGCCGGAUUUGUGAUAAUUUCCUGUCCCAUGAAGCCUGACUCCAAAUCCGUUAUUAAGGAGCUUAUUCAAUCCUCGCACAAAGUGGUGAUGAUUACGGGCGACAGUCCGCUCACCGCCUGUCACGUGGCCAAAGAGCUGCGCUUUACCCGGAAGAAGCUGGUAAUCCUAACUCCGCCCGACCAGGAGGAGGGCGACAAAUGGAGUUGGGUUUCCAUUGGUGGGGAUCAAACUUACGAGCUGGAUUUUAAGGAUGCUAACAAGAGAAUUUCACUCUUGUUGGCAACUCACGAUCUCUGCAUUACUGGAGAGGGAUUGCAGUAUCUGCAGCAGAACCAACAGCACUACAUGCGCCAACUGUUGCCUCAAGUCACGGUCUGUGCUCGUUUCGCGCCCAAGCAAAAGGAGUUCAUCAUCACGCAGCUGAAACAACUGGGUUACUGCACUUUGAUGUGUGGUGACGGCACAAACGAUGUGGGAGCCCUCAAGCAAGCCAACGUUGGUGUUUCCCUGCUAACCAGUGCUCCCGUGAAGCGAAAGCGCACCGAGGAGGAGCAGCGCCAGGCGGCGGCAAAUGCAGCUGCUGCAGCCGCCCAAGCAGCUGCCAAUGCCAACCAACAGUUAACGCCACGGGAACGGGCACUGCGUCGUCGCCAGGAGCAUAUCAACCAAACACAAGCUCGUCUGCAGAGCGCAUUAGCCGACAUGGAGGAGCAGACAAUGGUGAAGUUGGGUGACGCCUCCAUUGCAGCGCCAUUCACCAGCAAGUCCUCGUCGAUAAUGUGCGUGAACCACAUCAUCAAGCAGGGUCGUUGCACGCUGGUAACCACGCUUCAGAUGUUUAAGAUCCUCGCCCUGAACGCCCUUAUCCAGGCAUAUUGCCAGUCAGUGCUAUACAUCGAUGGCAUUAAGUUCAGCGAUACCCAGGCCACCAUGCAGGGCAUUUUUAUUGCCGCCUGCUUCCUUUUUAUCACACGAGCCAAGCCACUUAAAACGCUGUCCAAGGUGGCCCCACUGCCAAACAUCUUCAAUUUUUACACGAUUUCGACUAUUCUCUGUCAGUUUGCCGUGCACUUUGGAGCGCUCUAUUACCUUACCAGCCAAGCCAACAUUUUGGCACCACCUAGAGAAGGCAAAGUGAAAUUGUAUCUUGACAUGGAUCCUGAGGAGAAGACGAAAUACGAUCCGAACAUUGUGAGCAGCACAGUCUAUAUAAUUUGCUUAUCACUGCAAGUGGCCACCAUUGCGGUCAAUUACAAGGGCCAUCCUUUUAGGGAAAGCUUGCGUUCUAACCGCAUGCUGAUGUAUGCCAUCGGAGCCUCGGCCACAUUGGUCAUUCUUCUAUCCACGGGCUUGGCGCCCGAGUUGACGGAAUUCUUUGAGAUUAUCGAAUUCCCUACGGAUUUCCGCAAAACUUUGCUCUGUGUCCUAGUCGUGGAUAUUGUUGGAGCCUUCGUUUUGGACCGCAUUUGCUCAUUCCUGUUCGGGGAAACGCGUCGCAAGUCAAAGGUGCUGAACUGUUAGGACCAUUUAAUGCUAAGUACUAGAAAAGGAGCAACUUAAGAAAGAUAGAUAAGCCUUUCCCCUUUUAUUUCGAUCCCUCUAAUGGUAAACAACUUAUCGUGUUUAAUGGCGUCGGUUUCUUAAAUGUUAAAAUUCCGCAUCAAUGAAUCAUCGUAAUGCAUUUAAAGUGUAUUAACGGGCAAGUGUAUUAUCGACCAGCCUAUAUCAUUUUAGUUUGACAAAGCAAGAACCUUUGAUUCUUUCGACUACCGUAUAUGCGAUUAGUGAAAUUGUCGUAAUAUUUGUAAUGCUAAUAAAGAUAGAAAAAAUUUGAAAAAA